AUGGACAUCCAGCAAGCGCGGCAGCCAGACCCGAGCUUCGCUCGUACAACAGCGCUCAUGGUCAACAUAUUCUCCAUGACCACAGAAGCGGUCGAUCCGCGCAAGCUUCUGAGCGCCAGGGAAGUGGGCGGUCAGCUACAUUUGCGCUUCCGCCCCAAAUGGGAUAUCAGUCCGGGAAUUCUCGCUCGAGAGCGAAGGUCCGUGACAGACGAGAGCUUCAAAGCAUUCAAGUCGCAUAACUACUGCGUCUUUGCGUGCAAGCUCCUAGCGGGUCUUUUGGCUUGGCUAGUCGAGGAACUACGCCUUCCAAUCGAUGUCGAAGAGGUGGAGAUACACGGGGUCUACGAGAUCAAACCCGUCGUCUGCAUCGAGAGCUCGACCGGCAGGAGAAGGCGGAUCGCCGACGUACACACGGUGUUCAAAAUCACCUCCCCCAACGACGAUGGAGAGGGCGUCUACAUCGACCCCUCAGCGCCCCAGUACCUACGACCCGCGGGCGUAUACCCCGUCAGAGGAUACCCUGCAUACCCGGACGAGGAAGUGAAAGUGCCGAUAGAGUUCUUCUCCUUGGGAUACAAUUACUCCCAACACCUCAACAGCGUUCACGAGAACGAAGCCAGUUCGUCACGUUCCCGCACCCUGCGCAUAGAAUUUCGAACCGAAGCGAUUGUGCGAACGGUCAACAACCGGGUAUACCAGAAGAUGACUGGCUGCGCAUGGAAGGACGUCAUCAGGGGCGGCAAUGAUGACAAGUGGGGUGCUCUGGAGCAUGAUAUCCUGAGCUCCGUCAAGGCGGAUCUCGAUGUCCUGGUGAACUACCUCGACAACAAGUACAUCCCGGGCAAUCUCGACAGGAACACACACUGGAAAGCCCUGGCUAAAUCCUGCAUGGGUACCGGUCAUGCAAAGGUCAUGGAGUCUUUGGAGCGAGCGUCGGGACUCGAGGUGACGCGGCACGAACUUUCUUAG